AUGUCUCCCUUCUCACAUUCAUCUCAUCAAUUCAUCAUUUUCCUACUUAUCCUGGCUUUCAUAGGGGUGCGAGUUUCAGCGACAACAUUCACAUUCGUGAACAAGUGCGACCACACGGUGUGGCCAGGGAUUCUAGGAAAACCGGACCUCGGAACAACCGGUUUCGAGCUCAAAAGAGGAAGCACGCGCACCUUCGACGCGCCACCGGGUUGGUCGGGGCGUUUCUGGGGCAGAACCGGUUGCCAGUUCGACGACUCCGGUCAUGGAACCUGUGCCACCGGCGACUGCGGCUCCGGGGAGGUACUAUGCAACGGCAACGGCGCCACGCCGCCGGCCACGCUCGCCGAGUUCACGCUCGGGUCCGGGUCGCCGGACUACUACGACGUGAGCCUCGUCGAUGGUUACAACCUCCCCAUGAUGGUGGAGACCAGCGGCGGCUCCGGCUCGUGUGCCACCACCGGGUGCGGCGCGGACCUGAACCGGCGAUGCCCGUCUGAGUUGAGGGUGGAUGGCGGCGACGCGUGCCAGAGCGCGUGUCGCGCGUUCGGGAAACCUGAGUUUUGCUGCAGCGGCGCGUUCAAUUCACCGUCGGCUUGCGCGCCUUCGAUGUACUCGGAGAUUUUUAAGAACGCGUGCCCAAAAUCUUAUAGCUACGCGUUUGAUGAUGCUACGAGCACUUUUACGUGCAGCGGUGCAGAUUACACUGUCACAUUUUGUCCCUCUUCUUCUCCAAGUUUGAAGUCUUUAAUGGAAUCAGGACCAGGAUCAUCAGUAGAACAGGCUGCAGUAGCCACUACUUCAUGGAUAGCCAAUUUGGCCACAGGAGCCUCCACCACAACCCAACCAUUUUCACCUUUCACCUCUGCAUUCUUUGUUUCUGUCACUUUCAUUCUUUCCUAUUUUCUCUCAUGGACUCUCUCUGUCCCUUUCAGAACCCCUUCUUCCUUCUUUUAA